UAGACCACUCCUACUGUAUUCUGAACCAACCUGAACCCAUGGCCUUCGCAAAGCAUGCCAUGCAGAUAUAUUCCUCGAAAAUAAUUAAAACAUUAUCAAGCAGUUAUUUGCAUGCAUAGAUGCGCGCCUGGUGUUUUCAUAAAGGUAAUCCAAUAUUAACACCCCAAUUUUAAGAGGGACUCUGAAAUACACGGGAAUAACAGGAAGGAUUCUGAUUCCGUAAAGGAUUUGCGUGCAAUCCAAAACAUCUCGUGUAGAUAAGUUCAAUCUGUAGCUGCAUAAUGAAGAGACGGUUUAGUGUUGUGGAGUCCCUGGUUCGUUUAUUUGAAUCCAGAGAAGAGGAAAGACAUGCAACCCUUCAUUCAAGUGAUGGAUGCAUGGAAGAAAGAUGUUCAACCCAACAUACAAGUGAUGGAUGCAUGGAAGAGGAAAGAGAUGCGACCCCACAUACAAGUGAUGGAUGCAUAGAAGAAAGAGAUGCGACCCCACAUUCAAGUGAUGUAUGCAUAGAAGAAGAAAGAUGUGCGACCCCACAUUCAAGUGAUGGAUGCCUGGAAGAGGAAAGAGAUGCGAACCUACAUUCAAGUGAUGGCUGGAUGGAAGAGGAAAGAUACCUGGAAGGAGAAGCUGAGCCAGAGGAGGAGCUCUUCGAUCAAGCUUCUGAAACAGAGGACAAUACAGAAUUCGACCCAGACUACCACUCUACUGAUGGAGAAGAGGAAGAGGAAGAGGAUUGUCCUGAGGUGGAGGCCGCUUACCAGUCCAAAAACGGGAACAUAUUGUGGACUUCAACAAGUCCUUCAGAGAGAGGGAGAGGGAGAAUACCAUCUCAUCGUGUCAUCAAAAUGACCCCUGGACCAACCAGGCUUGCAUGUUCCUAUGCCAAAGACAUAAUAUCAACAUUUGAAUUGUUUUUCCCAGAUGACAUUAAAAAGAUUUUGAUUGGAAUGUCCAAUUUAGAGGGGAAACGAGUGUAUGGUAAAGCCUGGAAGAACCUGGACUGGACGGACAUACAGGCCUAUUUGGGUCUGUUGAUUCUGGCGGGCGUGUAUCGAUCCCACCAUGAGGCUUUGAGUAGCUUAUGGAACGGUGUGUCGGGAAGGCCAAUUUUUCCUGCUACCAUGACUUUGAAUAAUUUUAAGAUGAUGUCAAGGAUCUUCUGCUUUUAUAGAAGGGGUACAGGGCCUGGCCUACAGAAAGAUGACAAGCUGGCACCAGUAAGGGACAUCUGGGAAAAAUGGGUCCAACGCCUGCCGCUCUUGUACAAUCCAGGCCCGAGCGUCACUGUAGACGAGUGCCUGGUCCCUUUCAGAGGUCGCUGUCCCUUCAAACAAUACAUGCCGAGUAAACCGGGCAAGUAUGGAAUUAAAAUCUGGGCGGCGUGUGAUUCCAGCUCGAGCUACGCGUGGAACAUGCAGAUCUACACAGGCAAAGCUGCCGACAGAAAGCCAGAAAAGAACCAGGGGAUGCGUGUGGUCUUGGACAUGACAUCCGGUCUCCAGGGACACACCAUCACAUGCGACAACUUUUUCACCUCGUAUGCCCUCGGCGAGGAGCUGCUCCGAAGAAAAAUGACCAUGAUCGGAACGGUCAGAUUAAACAAGCCUGAGCUCCCACCUGCACUCCUGUCAGUCAAAGGAAGGGCCCGUUUGUCGUCCAUGUUCGCCUUCACCGAGACGCACGCUCUUGUGUCCUACUGUCCCAGAAAAAAUAAAAACGUGCUUCUGAUGAGCACAUUACAUAGAGAUGCCGCAAUAAGCAACAAAGACCACAAGAAGCCGGAAAUAAUCCUAGACUACAACAAGACCAAAGGUGGAGUUGACACCCUUGACAAGCUUGUUGGCACAUACACCUGCCAAAGAAAGACAGUUCAUUGGCCAAUGGUUGUCUUCUUUAACAUGUUGGAUGUCUCCGCCUACAAUUCACUUGUGCUCUGGACUGAAGUAAAUCCUAUGUGGAACCAAAAGAAGAACUUCAAAAGGAGACUCUUUCUGGAAGAGCUAGGAGAAGCUCUGGUGACUCCCUUAAUGAAAAGACGGCUAACCAUUCCCCGGACGCCAGCCUCUCAGAACAUGGUAAAGGUGGCACAAGUAGGCUCUUCAGAAAAUGAAGCCUCCCCCAAAAAGUUUGUGUGUCAUAGAGUGAUGGAAGCACGUGCCUGCUCUGCUGAAGUUAAAAAAACUGGCCUCUCGCCAGCCUCACCCCGCUCUAAGAGGAAGAGAUGUCAGGUCUGUGAAUCAAAAAAAGGCACAAAAACCAACAUGACGUGCAGUAAGUGUAACAUGUACAUUUGCGGGUCACACGCUGUUAUAACUCCUUACUGCUACCCAUGCAACAAGCGAAGGAAGGUUUAAACAGGAUUUGUCACUGCUUAUGUGCUGUUUGUUUUACUCGACAAAUGAUUUUCUUGCUUUGCUCUUUAGUACGCUUUUGCUAAUCUUGAUUAUUAAUCCUUUUUUCGUGAGAUUUUUAGUUUACUUCGUUAGAGUUACUAAAUGUUGAUACUUGAUGUUUUAAAUAAAUGAUAUGACAAAAUGG